CUGCACAAUGCCUGCCUCAACGUCGGCUUCUUCUAUGCCAAAGGCCACGGCCUGCAGGCGGGGCUGGCGGAGGGCGUGAUGGCGCAGGCGCGGCGCUGGUUUGGGCUGCCGGAGGAGGAGAAGCGACGCAUCGCGCUGUCGCCUGCCUCCCACUACCGCGGCUGGCAGCGCCUCGGCUCCAACCACCCAGCCGCUGCUGCCUCGCCAGCUGCCGCCCGGCCUGCCACCGGCCUUGGGGUGCCACGCCACGGCCGCCUGCAGGACGCGGAGUUCCAGCGCCUGCUGCGCGCCUACAUCGGCGGCUGCCUGCAGCUGGGGGCCGCCAUCCUGCGCGGCAUCGCCCUGGGCCUGCAGCUUCCGGAGAGCUACUUUGAGGGCGACGUGGCAGGCGACAGCUACUGGGUCACUCGAAUCAUCCACUAUCCGCCGCUGCAGCCGGAAAGCAGCCAGCAGGCAGGCAGCGGCCAGCAGGCAGGCAGCAGCCAGCCGCCGGGCGGCGCAGGCGCGGGGGCUGGCGGCGCUGCGGGCGGCGGCGAGGAGCUCAGCUGCGGGGAGCACACGGACUACGGGCUGCUGACGCUUGUGUUCCAGCAGGAGGGCGUGACGGCGCUGCAGGUGAAGAACGCGGCGGGGCGGUGGGUGGACGCGCCGCCGCUGCCCGGCACCUGCGUCGUCAACAUCGGCGACAUGUUCCGCCUGCUCACCAAUGGACUCUACACGCCCACCGCGCACAGGGUGCUCAAUUCCUCUGGGCGGGACCGGAUCAGCGCGCCUUUCUUUUAUGAGACCAACUUUGAGGCCGUGAUCGGGCCGCACCCUCAGUUCUGCCGGGACAGGUGA